UCCACGAGGUUAGCGUAAAUACACAGUAAUUCCAGUAUUAAGGGAUGUUUGAAAGAUAUAAGAAUAAGUGAAUGACCAGUAUGUUCAAAGUAUCUUUUAUUUGUUUGAGGACGGAAAUAGAAUUGCUGUGUUGAAUUGAUUGUGAAGGGUGAAUUAUUCAAUAGAUACUGUGCAGAACUGAUUGAAAUUAAACUGGAAAAUAAACCACUGAAAAAGGGCUUAGGAGAAAUAUGUGUAAUAGGUGUUGAUCUAGCAUUAUAGAGUAACGGAGGACACAUUUAGAAAUAUUAAAUUGGUUCUGAAUUGCAAAAGACAGCUUUAAAGUAAGCAGUAACGGUUUUCGUUAAUGGAAAAGUGAGAAAAAUUUAACUUCCAAGUGACGAAGCAAUUUAUAUUUGUAAAGACUUUUGCCCCAAUUACAGAACAGAUUUCUACGAGGACAAAGCAGAUGAGAGUCAGCCACUGUAUAUGUCCCUCAUCGUUAAUCAUGUGACAUCAGGCCUUGUAUGAAUACAUUGAUCUAUUGACCCUCAGUGAACGUGAUACUGCUUUUGUUUGGACUGACAGCUUUUAGCUUUAUUGUAUUAUUAUCCCAUAAUUGGGGGCUGCUAUUUUAACAGUGGAAAUUACAGAGGAUAAAAAAAUUGUGUCAAUAUUUUACACCUCUUCAGGAAGGGAUUUAACUGUUCAUUUUGUGAAGAAUGAUUUAUAAUACUGAAACACAAUGAUGAAUUGUGAGUGAAAAUGAAAUGGACAUCCAGGCUACAGAUGAGUACAAAGCUUUGGAAAUCUACCUUCAAAAGGCACAGGAAGAAAUUGGACGUUCAUUAUCUAAUGGUAACUCGGUAGAAUCAUUACAAAAUGGCUACCCAGGGAAGAGACAUCGUAGUUUUACCUCUGAGUCAGAUCUAGAUAGUUCUCAUAGCUACUGGCAACAUGUUGGAUCAGGCAGAACUGGCAAACGGCACAGCUUCUCAUCUAUAUCCAAUAAUAGAUAUAGUAUUAAACCAUCUUCUAAAGAAUUAUCACAGCAGAGUUCAAAAAGACACAGUGACCCUUCAAGGUCAAAGACUGACCAUCUAAAUGGACAUAGUAAUAAACCCUCUACUAAAGAACUAUCACAGCAAACUUCUAAAAGACACAGUGACCCUUCAAGGUCAAAGACUGACCAUCUAAAUGGACAUUAUCAAUACAUUGUUGUCCAGCCGAGGAGAAGAGUGGACAAAGAGUUGUCUCCCCGGACAGCUGAAUCAGUAAAAGAGAAUUUGAUGCCCUAUCAAAAUGGAAGAGAAAACAGAUCACUAUUGUUACCAUCAUUUAGUCAAGAAUAUGAAGACGUUGAAGAUGCUGAUGAUCCAUGGGAGAAACGGUCAGAGUCCUCCUUCCCACCACCUGUAGAAAAAAUUGAGAAAAUAAUAAGUUCAACUUUAAAAAACAACAGAGGAUUACAAAGAUCUUUGACUUCUCCUAAUUUUUCUACAGGUAGAAAUGGUAUUGACAGAUCUAAAUACCAGAGAAGUAAAACUUCAAUGAAUAGCAUGGAAGGGGAGGUUUUCUAUGGUAGUGAUCAGACAAAUAUUGACAUGAAGAAUGAUGAAUUAUUUAUAAGUGAAAGUGACAUUUAUAAGUCUGUUUGUAGACCAAAGAGGGCCCGGAGUCAUUCAACUACUGGUAUUCAGACAUCAAUAGAUGAAAACUUUAACUUUUUGUGCAGUGAAGAUAAAGGGUCAAGUUGUCUGUCAAUACCAAACUAUGUAACAAUAGGGACAAAUACAACAGACUCACUAAAACGACCAAAGAAGAAAGGAAAAAUUGAAGGAAAACCAUCAGAAAAUUGUGUUCAGUGUGAAAAUAAAACUGAAAACAGAUUAUCUGCUACAAAACCUAAUAGUUUUCCUGAAAAACUUCAAAGUGUUCAUCUUUCUAAUUUUAUGAAUGAUGAAUCCCCAGAAAUGCAAAUGGUUGUCAACGCUACCAGUCCUGUUAUAAACCGUCGAAAUAGAAACCGUGACAAGCUGAAGUUGGGGUCGCAUAGUUUUCGAAAUAGACCUCUUCCUGAUCCAAGCAGUCUUCAAAUUGAAACUGCAAAAACUCUUCCUGAAGUGGUUAUCCCACAACAGGAAAUUAGUAGUGUUCAUAACAGUAGUGAUAUAUCUCUCAAAAUUGAGGACAAAUCAAAACAUUCCAAAGACUCUACAGUGAAAGAGGGGAAAAAAGGGAAAGGACUUGUUAGAUCGAAAUCAAAAAAGAAAAAUAAGACAAAUAUUGAAAAAAGUGCUAUUGAUUCUUUUGAUAAAGAAAAUUCAAAUAUUGAUAUUAGUUCAAAGGGUUGUGCAAUAGAUGAUAUUAAUUCAAAAGAAUACAAAUUAAUGAAAAAAGAACUAGCUCAAACAUGGCAUGGCAUCAGCAGUAAAAGAUGGAAAAAGUUUUAUUCACCUGUUGCUCAGGCUGUUUGGAAUGACCUUGAAGGGAAGAUGGAAGGUGAAAAUAAACCUCUGACUCAAAAAGAGGAGGACAAUUUGAAACUGGGAUCCAGUACAAUGCCAACUAAGACAUUGUUAGACACAAUGCAUAAGAAAUACUGUGCCUAUCAGUAUAAAGAUACUCUAAAACUCCCUUCACCAGACGACCUUGUCAUGCACUUGAAACUGAAAUCAAGUCCUCCACCUCCAGAUAGGAUGAAGUCAAAGGAAUGGAUAAUGAGACACUAUGUAAUCCCACCAGGGAAAGGUGCUAUAUCUACUCCAUCUAGUCCAGAACAGGCCAAGAAAAGGUGGAUGUAUAAUGAAAGGGAGACAACUCAAGCUGAAUCUUUUGAACUUGAGAGGAAGAUAGAGAAAACUUCACCUGAAUUAUCAGAGCAGGAGAAUGAGAAGCUGAAACCAGCAAAAGAAGUUGAAGUGGAAGCAGUAGAAGCUACUAGAUGGUUAAAAGAAGCAGGAUUCCCUCAGUAUGCUCAGAUGUAUGAUGAUGGUCAGUUUCCAGUUGACAUCAUUUCAGUGGAAAAAGACCAUGAUUUUCUGGACAGAGACUCCAUGCAACCUCUGAUCAGACGUUUAAGUACACUAAACAAAUGUGCAAUAAUGAGAAUAGUAACUCCUACUCGUAAAACUAAUGAAGAUUCUGAUGACGAUGAACAGUGUGCUUUAAGUGACAAGUGGAAAUAUCAACCCAACAUUCGACGCUGGUCACGUAAAGGACUAAAAGACGCAGUUAGUGUCACACAGCCUGGAAACACAACAGUCAAAUCUAGUUCAAGUAAUGAUAGUUUGUUAGCUGAUCAGAACAGUAGUAGUGAAACAGGGGACAGUCCCGUACUGGAUCAUAAAAUGCACCAUGAAAUGGGGAAAUCUACGGACGAUUUAUGUGUAAAUAAUCAUUCCAAAACCAUGGAUAAUGGAAUUUCCUCUGUAACAUUUAGUCCAAGAUUACGGAGGGCAGCUAGUGAAAGGAUAAAAGGUGCUAAAAAUUUCUUGAAAAGGGUAGAAAGUUUUAAAAGUAGAAAAAAUAAAAGACUUCCGAGAACUGCUGGAAACACGGUUGAGAUUAGUGGUCCUGUUAUUGAUAGUGCCGAUAUGAAAGAAAAAAUUAAGCAUUUAAAUUGUAAAGACUUAAGUCCGACAUUGGAAGAUAUGCCUCCUCCGUUAGAUACAAGUUCUCCAUUAGACGGUAAAACUUCUGAAAUACCAGAACCAUGGUCUAGUGAAACAACCGACUAUAAACAAACAACUGGAUCGAUAGUCCAUACAUUACCAAAGUCUAGUUCAGGCUGUGAUAGAACUGUUAAAUCUAGUAGUGCUAUGGUGACACAAAACGACUUGUCUCCGACUGACCAUAAUAUGUUACAAGAAUUAGAUCUGUCAAUGUCAAUAAGUGAUUCAAGUUCCGACACAUCUAUCACAUCUCAGAACGGUGCUUUAUAUGGACAUGAACGAUUCCGUGUUAAUCGAUGGAACGAUAAUUCUGACUUGUUCUAUUUACCACAAGAUUAUAUUCCCGGGAAAUUUCCUAAAACUUUAAACGAAGAUAGCGGGAUCAAUUUAAGAACUGGUAGUUUUAGUUACUCACAAGACAAUGAAUCAGAUUCCAGUACCCCCAUACCUGUACGUCGACGAGGGUCAACCAACCCGAGAGUAGAACAUAGAGGUAGUUUCUAUGACAAUGUGCCGUUAGAGGAGAAUCUAGAGGCUGCACAAGAGGAACUGGAUGAUAUUUUACAUAAACUUUUCCAAGAUAUAAAUGGUCUGAAUAAAGCUAUUUAUGGUGAAGAUGCAGAGGAUUAUGAGCCACCACAAUCCAACACUUCUAAUGUCACUGACAUUGAUGAAGCAGAUGACAGUCUCCAUGACGAUAAUGACAUCACAAGUGGUACAGUGUCAUCUCCAGACAGUAGUGAUCAUGAUCUGCCAGACUCUUUGCAUGAUGAUUCAGCAGAACACAUAGAAUGUCGUGAGAGGAGAGACUCUGGAGUAGGAUCUUCUCUUACUAGAGCACCUAGUGAUAGAAGAAGAAACAGAAUACGAUGGCACAGUUUUCAGAAAUCUCACCGUCCAAGUUUUGGCAGUCAGACUGUUCACACCACAAACUUGUCUGUAUGUCAGUUAAUGGUACUACAAAAACUGUCCUUGUGUAAAUUAACGGGUUUAAUAGAAAAAUACUCACAAAAUCGUUCUGGUUGGAGCUGGACAGUUCCAAGGUUCAUGAAACGACACAAAAUUCCAAAUUAUCAAGAAAGGAAUGUAUUCGGAAUUCCAUUACUUGUAACCCUUCAGAGAACUGGACAGCCAUUACCACAAUGUAUGCUAUAUGCAAUGAGAUACCUGCGUAAGAAUGCAGCCGAUGCUAUUGGAAUAUUCAGAAAGGCAGGGGUACGAUCAAGAAUACAGAAAUUAAAGAAUGAAGUUGAAGCAAAUCCAGAUACCAUAGAUUUUGAUGAUCUCCAGGCCUAUGACGUAGCUGAUUUAUUGAAACAAUACUUCCGUGAACUCCCAGAAUGUCUGAUGACCAACAAGUUGUCAGAAAUCUUCCUGAAUAUUUUUAUUUCUCUCCCAGUGGAAUCCCGAUUAGAAGCUUUACAAGCCACGGUCAUCCUAUUACCUGAUGAGAACCGUGAAGUUCUUCAGUCAUUGUUGUACUUCCUGGCCGACAUAUCCAAAGACGCAUCAGAACAUCAGAUGACGGCUAGUAACUUGGCAGUCUGCUUUGCACCAUCUCUCUUUAGUCUGAACGGUGCCAAAUCUUUAACAGGAAGUCCAAGCCCUAGACGUCCACGGAAAAACCUUGGUGUUCCUGAUGCUAGAGAAUUAUUGGAACAGAAAGCUGCCCAUGAAUGUCUAACAACCAUGAUUACAGACAGCAAACAGUUAUUUACAAUAUCUGAGGCUACCAUGAGUAAAUGCCGGUUUUCAUACAUAGAGCAAGGUGAUCCUAUCUCAUUACAAGAGUUUAACAACAACUCAUCAGAGACUGAGCCAGGAUAUCAGGCCUUUGUAGAAAACUCUAUACAAGGACUCCUGAAGGAAUCCCAUGACAAAUUUCGAGGUUGGGUAUCUGUUUCAAUACCAGGUGAUGUGGAUGUUUCCUUCAAGAAAGUAGGAGAUGGCCAUCCACUGAGAUUGUGGAAAUGCUGUGUGGAUGUGGAGGCACCUCCUGAAGUUGUCCUGGAGAGGGUUAGAGAUGAGAGACAUAUUUGGGAUGAAGAUUUAUUGAAGUGGCAUACAGUAGAAAAGCUUGACGACCAAACUGACGUGUUCCAGUAUGAAAGAAAUUCUUUGCCCCCUCAUCCAGCUACAGACUUCUGUAUACUCAGAGGCUGGAGGACAGAUUUACCUAAAGGAUCUUGUGCCUUGGUCUCAACCUCAGUGGACCAUCCGAAAGUAGAGGUCCAAGAGGGUAUACAGGGUGUUGUACUGGUAUCACACUUUCUUAUAGAACCCUGUGGGACUGGAAAAUCUAGAAUUAUACACAUGUCUAGAACAGAUCUCAGAGGAAGAACUGCAGAAUGGUAUAAGAAGUCAUACGGCCAUAUUUGUGUAAGCCUUCUAGAGAGGAUCAGAGAUUCUUUCAAACAGGAUACAACAGGACCAGAAUCUGUCGUAUAACUAUGGACUAUAUAUACUGUUUAAACCAUCAGUUAAAUCUUAGAAGAGGAAGUGCCUGAUUUCAUCUAGCUAGCAAAUAACAGACUCAAUUUAUAUACACAUGAACUUGCCAAGUCCAUCAAGAUAUUUUAGAUACACCAGAAAUGAAUAAUGUAAAAUGCAAUAAGCAAGAUAUUAUAGUUUUCAGAAUUCCAGACAAAAACAUCUGGAAUUGGAAAAUCCAAUUAAAUUAUAUAUUAAUUCAGUAUUUAUAACAAUGUAUAUCCAGUAAGAAACAAAACAUUGUUUAAGCAUUUAUAGUGCAUUUAUUCUGUGCCAUUUUCAUUUUUCCAUCAACAGUUAUCCAUCAUUUAUUUAAAAUCACAUUCAGUCAUGAAAUUUAGAAAAAAACAAAGAUGGGUUCAAGCUUUUCUUGGGCUGUAGUUGCACAUGGCUUUAAUGAGCACUUCUUUAGGUUCUUAGUUAAACCAGAAUACCUCACAUUUUAUUUUAAAUGGCCGUAAAGCAGUUAAAAGUUGGUUGGAUGUUGACUCAAAUCUUGAUAAUGAGAUUAGCUAAUGGGAGAUAACUCUUAACAGAUGGUGCUAGUCAUGUUUUGUUUUAUUUUGUAGUCCCAAAUGUUUUACUAGUUUAUUAAAUCCAUAAGUUACCUCUAAGUCGGUUCUACAAAAUUACUGGGUUUUUUCCUUUAAUUGCAUAAAAAUUAGAUUUUUUUUCUGGGAAAGAAAAAAUAUAGAAUAUGUCAUCCAUUAUCCACAUUUUGAGGUAAUACAUCUUUUAAAAUAUUUUAUCUACUGUUAAAUAUGUAUGCUUUUCACCAAUAUAAGUCAGAUAUAUAAUGAAAUGUAUACUUUUGUUGUUAAAUACCUAAGUUAGGUGUAUGUACUAUUGUUAUGGAAUGUAUAUUUUAACAGUGCAAUCUUUGAUUACAAAGUUAUUUCUUGUAAUAAAAAGGUAUACAUUUUAUGACAAUGUUGAAUGUAAAUAUAUGGUCUAUGUAUAUUGGAUCCUGUCAUUGAUAUUUGUGUAUAUUUCCUUCAGAGGAAAUGUACAUUUCAUUACCUCAAACUUAUAUUUCCAUUAUUCCAACUAUUAUUGUUAUUAAAAUGUUCAUAUAAGUAAACAAACUGUUAAGAAAAUGUCAAAUUAAAAUAUAUAAAUAUAAAUGAA